CUGCAAACCACCAACUCGUCCGACACGGCGGCUACGUGGUACACCUGAGCGCCGCAUCGUUUUUGCUAGUGAUUGCUUUUCUACGAACCGAUUCCGACUAAAUCGACGAUUCACGGCAUCCGUACCCGCCCGUUCCGGUGCAAUUGACGUCAUUCGCCAUCCUGAAAUAGGGAGCGCAUCACCAGAUUCGUCUGUGCCACACAACUCUUUAACACGACACGACGAAUUCUCCCCAAAAAUGACAUUUACAAACGCACCCGUGUCUAGACUGGUAGUCCUUGGCCUUGUAUCGGCCUCCAUCGGCGCUAGUCUGCUGGACAUUAAACACUACUUUUACAUCCUCAUCGACACCCAUCUCUUUCGAUACGGCCAGUUCUGGAGGCUGCUGGCCUACCAGCUAUGUUAUACCAAUUCGGCAGAGGUCCUCUUUGCGGCCAUUGGCUUCUAUAAUAUGCGAUCUGUAGAACGGCUCUGGGGCUCGAGAAAAUAUGCGUCCUUUUUAGUAACAUCGGCGUUAUUCACGGCCAUUAUCCCGCCGAUUAUUCAAACUAUCCUACGUCCAUUCGCACCAUCUAUUCUUAAUUAUAUCCCGGCCGGCCCGACGCCCAUCUUGUUUGCGGUGCUGGCACAGUACCACGCCAUGGUACCGCACAUGUACAAGUACCGUAUUGCGACAUCCCAGGCGCCACCGUCCAGCGAGCCAUUCUCUGGGUUAACGUUGUCUGACAAGUCCUACCAGUAUGCCAUGGCGGGCCAUUUGGCACUAUUGCAGUGGCCGGGGUCGCUGAUUGGCGCCGUGGUUGGCUGGCUGACUGGAGUAGCGUACCGGAACGGCGUGAUGCCCUUGGCUAUUAUCAACUGGCGCGUGCCGGGUUGGAUGGUUGGGAUCCGGGCGCAACGGCGAAGCGCCGAAUUUGAAGGGCUGCGACGCCGUUUGGAGGAUGACGGAACGGCAACAUCGACGGGUGUCGCGGGGGCAGACGCGCAAGGCGAUCGGCGGCGGACGAUGGGCCAGCAGAUUGUAGACCAGUUUAGAGAAGCGUUGUAAUAGAGGCGUUGCGUAUAAAUAGAUUUAAUUGACAGCGGCUGCUUGCUUGUCUACUGCUACUGCAUUAUACUGGGGAAGAUAUAUGCACAGGUUUGGCCAGUUACGGUGGCACUGAUACAGAUAUUGGCGGUUGCCUUGUUGGCCAAAUUGUAAUGGUAUCUAUGGAAUGUUUCUGUUUUUCUUUCUAUUAUCGUGUCAUUUUAUUUUAUAAUUGGG